UCAUGUUCGCCUGGAGCACACCGGUGGCGCUGGCCGCCGUGCUCGCCGUGACGCUGGGACAAGCUCUCCGCCAGCAAAAUGAGACCACUAAGCGAGAACUUGAAGAAUACAUCGCGGAUAAAAAGGCAGAAAUCAAUCCACGGUACCGCCCGCACUAUCACAUCUCUCCGCCCGUCGGCUGGAUGAAUGACCCUAACGGCUUUUCAUACUACAAGGAAAAAUUCCACCUCUUCUAUCAGUUUUACCCUUACGACAGCGUUUGGGGUCCGAUGCACUGGGGUCACGUUUCCAGUAGCAACCUGAUCGACUGGGAACACCUCCCUACGGCUCUCAUCCCUGAAACCGAAAUGUGCUUCUCGGGCGGCGCCGUCGUCCACGGAGAUGACCUGGUACUGUUAUACACGGGCCGCGUCACUACUGACACGGACCCGUUUUACAACGAAACUCAAUAUCUAGCCUUCAGUAACGACGGAGUUAACUUCCGCAAGUAUGAAGGAAAUCCAGUCCUCUCCUACGUGCCCGACAAUUCAGCUGAUUUCAGAGACCCCAAGAUUUGGAAAUUCAAAGAUCAUUGGUAUGUUGUCAUUGGCAGCUCAAGCAAUAAACGGGGAAGAGUGCUCCUUUACAGAUCAGGGGAUCUGUUUAAUUGGGAGUUUUUGUCGGUCUUGGGAGAAUCAGACGGCGACAUGGGCUACAUGUGGGAAUGUCCCGAUCUGUUUGAACUCGGCGGAAAAACCAUUUUCCUCUGGUCCCCUCAAGGAUUGGAACCGAAAGGCGACAGAUACAAGAACACGUAUCAGACCGGAUACUAUAUUGGGGAAUUAGACUAUGAAACUUUUGAAUUUAAAACUGAUAAGUAUUUCCAAGAAUUAGAUUACGGUCACGAUUUUUAUGCGACUCAAACCAUACAGGGCGACGGCAAGACUUACUUGAUUGGCUGGUUUAAUAUGUGGGAAGUGCCGCACCUUGAGAAAGAGGACGGCUGGGCGGGGACGACGACGCUCGUUAGAGAGCUGCAGCUGAUCGGCACGCGGAUCACCAUGAACCCACUAGAAGGAAUCCAAGAUCUGAGAACCGAUAGCGUCCAUAACGGAGAUCUAGAGCCCCAGCAAGCGAUAGAAUUCGGCCCAACUGCUGAAAUUAUUCUACAAGGAUGUCUCGACCAGAAGAUUGAGUUGCUGAUUCAAGGUAAAGAAGGAGGUCUUGUCACAACAGUGACGUGGGAUCCUGAAGUCGGUAAAGUGAUUGUUAACAGGAGCGGAGAAGUAAGGCAAGUGGAAUGGGUUCCAAUCGGAAAGACCUCAUGGAGACUAUUCUUGGAUGCAAGUUCUUUGGAGUUGUUCUGUGGAGAAGGUGAGGUAGUAUUCAGUUCGAGGAUCUUCUCUGAUGGAGAUUGGGUCGUAAAGAAUUCCAGCCCGCAAACCUUGUCCGUAGAAGCGUAUCGAUUGAGAAGAAGUGUACCCGCUUAAGCGUGUGAUUUCUCAGUUUUCUUGUGAUCGUAGGCAAUUCGAUCAGAAAUAUAUUUGGCCUUACAAAGUA